AAACGUCAAUUUGACAAGUUCUUUGCUCCGCCACAUGUCACACGGCUGUAAAUUGUUUUCUAAAAUUUGUUAAAAAUUAUUAAAACUACAGCACAAAAAUGAAACCGCUUAUGUUACAAGGGCACGAGCGUGCUAUUACACAGAUUAAAUACAAUCGUGAGGGGGACUUGCUGUUUUCAGCAGCUAAGGAUGCCAGGCCUAACGUGUGGUGGUCACUGAAUGGAGAGCGUCUGGGUACGUUUAAUGGCCAUGGUGGCGUCGUCUGGUGCCUGGACGUGGACUGGCAGACCAUUAACCUCAUCACCGGAGGAGGUGACAGUUCUUGCAGACUAUGGGACUUAGAGACUGGUAAAAACAUAGCCACAAUUAAAACCAACUCAUCAGUGAGAACAUGUAACUUCAGCUUCAGUGCUAAUCAAGCUGCUUACACCACAGACAAAGCCAUGGGUCAUCCGUGUGAGGUUUUCAUUGUUGACACAAGGACAAUUGAUGACUCAAUUUCCACCCAAGCUCCAAUAUUAAAAUGGGAGAUCACAGACUCAAAAGUAACCUCCAUGGUUUGGGGAACGCUGGAUGAAACUAUCAUCACAGGCCAUGAAGCUGGAGAUCUCAUACAGUGGGAUUUGAGGACUGGCAAGAAAGUGCAUUCAGUCAAGGAGCACACACACCAGAUCAACGACAUGCAGCUGUCUCGUGAUGGUACCAUGUUUGUAACUGCCUCCAAGGACCAAACUGCCAAAUUAUUUGAUACCAGUUCCCUGGAGCUCCUCAAGGAAUAUAAAACUGAACGUCCAGUGAAUUCUGCCGCUCUCAGUCCUAUUUUGGACCAUGUCGUACUCGGUGGAGGUCAAGAUGCUAUGGAGGUGACAACCACGUCCACCAGACAGGGCAAAUUCGAUGCUAGAUUCUUCCACCUUGUCUUCGAAGAGGAGUUUGGACGAGUCAAGGGUCAUUUUGGACCUAUCAACAGUUUGGCAUUCCACCCCGACGGAAAAAGUUACGCAUCAGGUGGCGAAGAUGGUUACGUGCGUGUACAGAGUUUUGAUCAAUCAUAUUUUGACUAUACUUUCGAUUACAAUAGGGAUUAAAUAAUUUUCGGUUGUAAAUUUUUCUUCCAGUAUAAAUUUAUGCAAAUUUUAAUACAGAAAACUUUUUGUAAAUGCGACUCACAUCGCAAUAAAGUAUUAAGAAUA